CCAAGGUCUAACCUUCAGCUUCUCCCAUACAUGCCCGCUACGCCAACGGCCUGUUGUACUAGCCUCAUACGCCCUACUACUAUAUCGUCGGAUCUACUACAACCAUGACUCGCGUACAAAAUCUCCCGGAUAUUCCGAACGAUGCUAUCCGUCUAAUCGACCUCAUCGCCAAAGCACUGGGCGCGUGCAUGAGCGAGCAACUUGUUCAAGCCAACCAGAUGAUUCACGAGAAAGCCAACGACGGAAGAGUCGCCGCUGCGAAGGAAAUCGAGGCUCGACUUGACCAGGCCCUAACUGCCGUCCUCGAGAGGCAGCCCAUCUACAAGCUCGGCGUCCGCAAGACUAUCAUUGUGAACAUUGGACCUUUCAUCAAACCCAACUCGCUUGAUGACACAGCAACGUUUAUCUCGCGCAACAAGAACCUCGUCCCAGGCAAGCUUGUGCAGACCUCCGACAUUGCCAUCACCAAUCAGCCCAACGAAGCUUUCACUGCAGAACUGAUCAAAGUUGUGCAAUCAACUGUCACCAGCGACAUCAGACUACAUGGCCGGCAGGUCUCCGACACCUUCACGAGGGAGCAGAGGCUUCACAGGGACAGGCACGGCAUGCCGGAGGACGAGCCCUGCUGCCUAUUUAGGCUGAUGGAGGAGGAUUACGAAUGUCCGGACUACAAGUGCAAGAAAGAGAUCGCCGGCUUCAUGUUUAAGUGUACGACGUGCGGGGGUAAACAUGAGGUCAGGGUCUUCCGAUAGACGACGGGACUAUUGUGGUUCAAAUGGGUGACGGCGUUCUGAGAUGGAGCAUUUAAAAAUCCGGCAGGGUGGUCUUUUACCGGCUGGUGUAAAGGCUCGAAGGAGGGUUAUAGGCACCGCUUCAAGGGACGGCUAAAACUCCCGUCAUUGAGAUAUGAGACUUAG